AACCCGCCUAACCCCGGUUCACUGUUGUAAAUUUCUGUAUUCCGCAGACCGCUGUACUGAACACACGAUAUACAGCACACGUUUGUGUAAACUAGACGUUUUUCAUAUUACCGAGUGAUAAAAUAUAACAACUUUGUUUCUCUACUUCGCUCUUCGGUAAUAUAUUAUUUAUUAGAAAGCUUAAAAAUGGGCGUUGAUGUAACGUUUUUGAGCGAAGGUGAUGGAGCUACGUUCCCGAAAAAAGGCCAAACAGUUGUCGUGCAUUAUACAGGAACAUUGACCAAUGGUAAAAAGUUUGACUCUUCCCGAGACCGUGGUAAGCCUUUUAAAUUUAGAAUUGGAAAGGGAGAAGUGAUCAAAGGCUGGGACGAAGGUGUGGCUAAGAUGAGUGUGGGUUCUCGUGCUACAUUGACUUGUUCGCCAGACUAUGCUUAUGGAGCUUUGGGUCACCCAGGUGUCAUUCCACCCAAUGCUACAUUGAUAUUUGAUGUUGAGUUAAUCAAGUGUGAAUAACAAUUUUCAUUAUUAUAUUAUUAAUAACCUACUUAGAAAAAAAAAAUAUUCCUCUAAGACUGAUAAUAUUUCUUGCAUUAACCAACACAACACAGAUUGCUGUCACAUGUUAGUACAAUUUUAUUCUUAAAUAUUUUAUGUUGAUUGUUGUAUAAUAGUCGGCAAAAUUCUCAUUCGUUCAAUUUUUUAAUGUCAAAUCUAUAUCAAAUAUACUUUAAUUGCUUAGGAUAUUUUAUGUACAAUAAUAAAAUGUGUUGACAUGUUUUUCUGUUUUAUAAUACAUUGUAGUAGGUAAUAAAAUAUUGAAUAUUCACACGUUUUUUAAAAAUAAAUUGUAAUUCUUCCUA